AUGAGCGAAAUCCUAGUCAUCACCUGCCCAAGCGGCAAACAAUGCUCCCGCCUCAUCCCUCUUCUUUACAAAAAGAGUCGAUUUACCUUACGACUGGCAGCGCACUCUGAGUCUUCUGCCCGCAAGCUCAGGGAAUGCUACCCCGAGGCCGAGAUUGUCCGAACAGAUUUGCAGUCUCUUGCCGACUGCCGCAAACUUCUGCAAGGUGCAACCGCCAUCAACGCCGUUCUACCCAGUCUGCAUUCCCAUGAAAAAGAAAUCGGGUUCAAUCUGGUAGAUGCUGCUGUGGCCGAGUCUAGGCGCGAGGGUAAUGUUUUCAAACAUUUCGUGCUCUCGAGUGUCCUCGGUACACAGCAUAGAACCCUCCUGCAGCAUGAUCUGAAGAGCUACGUCGAGGAGAGGCUCUUUUUGAGUCCCUUAGACUGCUGGACGAUUCUCAAGCCAACAAAUUUCAUGAACGCCUACCCCGUGGCUGCCCUCGCAGAGCAAGAGCACCCGGUCCUGGAAAAGUGGUGGAAACCAGAACACGAGAACAGCGUCAUUGCUCUGGAAGACUUGGCCGAGGCAUCGACAAAAGUGCUAGACGAAAGGGAGCGCCACUACCUUGCCGAGUAUCCGCUCUGCUCUACGAUGCCUAUAUCCGAGGUAGAAAUCGUUGGCAUCAUAGAGAGACGCAUCGGGAAGAAGAUCGAGCUUAAGACGCCCUCGUUCGAGACUGGCGUGGCCAAGCUGACCAAGGCUCUGUAUGGUGGGGACGAAAAGGGCGCCGGCGAGCUUGGGCUCGGUUCUGCAAGCGAGGGAGACCUUCGCGGUGAUCUUGUUCGUGAUACCCUAACGCAUCUGAUUCUGUUUUAUAAUCACCGCGGGCUUAAGGGGAGUCCGAACGUGCUCAGGUGGCUGCUCGGACGAGAACCGACGUCUGUCGAGCAGUGGGUUGACUCUGUUGCUCCGAAGUGA